AUGGCGCGUAAAAAACUUAUUGAUAUCGCGCUUGGGCCUCUAGUAACCACAAAAUAUGACGGAGAAUGUAAAAAAGAAGAGAGCUGUGUUUGUACGAAAAUAUACCAACCUGUUUGUGGUUCAGACGGAGAAACCUACAACAACGAGUGUCUUUUGAAAUGUAAGAACAAUGAAAAUAAAAACGAUACCUCAAUAAAAAUAUCAUAUGACGGAGAAUGUAAAAAGGAAAAGGCUUGUGUUUGUACUAAAAUUUACUUACCGAUUUGUGGAUCCGAUGGAAAAACGUAUAAUAAUGAGUGUUUGCUUAAAUGUUAUAAUGAAGAAAAUAACAAAGAUCCUACUGUUACUAGAGUAUAUGAAGGAGAGUGUAAAGAAGAAGAAUGCUUCUGCCCGCUUUAUGUGGACCCUGUUUGUGGAUCAGAUGGGAAUACUUACAAUAACAAGUGUGAACUAGCAUGUUAUAAUAUCAAAAAUAAAAAAGAUCAAGUAAUUAUUGCAUACUCAGGAGAAUGUAAAAAGGAAGUAGAUUGUCGGUGUUCUAAAAUCUAUGCACCAGUCUGUGGAUCGGAUGGAAAAACAUAUGCUAAUGAAUGCGAACUUAAAUGUUACAAUAUCGAAAAUAAUAAAGAUCUAGUUACUAUUGCAAACCCAGGAGAAUGUAAAAAGGAAGAAGGCUGUCUGUGUUCCAAAAUCUAUUCACCAGUCUGUGGGUCGGAUGGAAAAACAUAUGCUAAUGAAUGCGAACUAAAAUGUUACAGUAUCGAAAAUACUAAAAAUCCAGUUACUAUUGCCUACCCAGCAGAAUGUAAAAAAGAAGACGGCUGUCUGUGUUCUAAAAUCUAUUCACCAGUCUGUGGGUCGGAUGGAAAAACAUAUGCUAAUGAAUGUGAAGUAAAAUGUUACAAUACUGAAAAUAAAAAAGAUAUUAAAGUAUAUAUAUCUUAUGAAGAGUGUGAAAAUAAACAGAUUGAAGAAUCUGGCCUAACACCAAUUGAAAUUGUUAAGAAAGGGAUGGACUCCUACCAAAUUAUUAUAAUUCGUAUCGAUUCUCUUACGGGGAAAAUGGAUACGAUGAUUAUUCACACCCCAGAUAUAAACGCGAUGAAUAUGAAGGAAUAG